AUGUCAGGCUCCAUGACCAACCGCCGCGUUUUGCGGUCCUUGGACCAUAUGUGGCAGGGCACAAACAACAAGUUCAUCCGCAAACUCCGACCCACACAAGCGCAAACGACGCCGGCGUACGUGCCUCCGAAAGACCGCAUUGCGUUCUGGAACAUUGUGCCCGGUGACGUUGUCAAGCUGCGUACAGGUGCUGUAGGCCACGAUGAGCAGGGUAAGCAGAUCCGUGGUGAAGGCAUUGUGACCUCGAUCGACCGGACGACCAACCGUGUGUGGCUGCGCGAUCCAGACGAACAUCGUAAACUCGCCCCGAAGAAUAUUAAGCAUACCGUGCCGCGUCUUGUCGACCCGGAAGCGGGCGAAGAAAAGGGAUACUCUGGCAAUGUGACAUCUGUGCCUCGCCCCGUGCACUACUCGAAGCUGAUGCUCAAAGUGCCUGAUACAGAAAUGUACGCCUCACGCAUUGUCCGCUCGAAACCAUUCUAUGAUCGUACCAAGGGCAUGUUUGUAUGGAAACGUUUCGCGAUUGUCAAGGCGACAGACGAAGAGUCGCUGCGAUCUGGCCAGGCAUUGAAAAAGAUUGAAGUGCCAUGGCCCAAAACACCAGAACGUCCACGUACAUUUAACGCGACGCAUGCUGAUGGCCGCACGGUGGAAGAAGAGACGUGGGUUCCAUGGGUACCGGAAGACCCUGUGCUGUUGCCAGCACGCAAGCCGCGCUCAACGCCAGCCGGUGAAGAACAGGCGGCGAUACGCCGCGCUGUAUGGGAGGCACAGCUGGCCAAGAAGCAGGCCGCUGUGGCCUUGGCUACACAGGCUGUGCCAGCAGGCGCCAAGACAUACGCUGGCUUUUCGAUGCGUGAAUCCAUUCGACCCCCGCCGGUUGCACAAGCGCCCAAAGUCUCGGAAAUCAUUGAUUUGGAACGUCAACGCCUCGCUGCGUUUGUGCAGAACCCAGAAACUCAAUCGCAUGUGAGCCAAGGUGGCCAGAUCUUUGCAGCGCAGGACUACCUGACCAUUGCGCCGCUUACAGGCCCUGCUGCUGGCGGCGAGUGGGGUGCGCUCGAAGAAGCGUCUGCCGGCGUCCAACGUGACGCCCGUGGCCAACUAACAUCGCGCCCGGGCCAAGCGGAUGUGCACGCGAUGCCCAUUGAGCUGCUGAUGGGCGGUGACCUUGCGAAUGAGCGUGGUCUCAAGUGGCGUAUGCGCCGCUGGAAGCAGAACCAGGCCCUGCAGCAGGUCGAAAAAGUGGUGAAGGACCAGGAAACCCAAGAGCUUCUCAAGGAGCUGGAUGUUCUUCGUGUGUAA